AUGGAGCAAGCAAAGCAGUUAAUCUUGCGGCAAGCUCAAGAAGAUUCCUUUGCCUGUGACAUACAAGCGGUAAAGGCAGAAAAAGACUUGCCACGCGAUAGUCGGCUGAGAAAUCUAUCUCCUUACUUGGACGAGAACAAUGUUUUACGCGUGAGCGGCUGCAUUGAUGCUGUUUCUGACGUACCUCAGGAAGCGAAAAGGCCCAUUAUUCUUGACGGACGGCAUCCUACUGCGAAGCUUUUGGUCAAGCGCUAUCAUGUGAAGGCUGCCCACGGACACCAAGAAGCGGUAGUAAAUGAUUUAAAACAAGAAUUUUGGAUAAUCCAGUUGCGACCUACCGUCAAAAAUGUUGCGUCUCGUUGCAUGCUCUGCAGGUUAAGAAAGGCUACCCCACAGAUGCCUCGGAUGGGUGACUUACCUCAAGCGCGCAUGGCGCAUCAUCAACGUGCCUUCACCUUUUGCGGGAUCGAUCUGUUUGGGCCCAUGGAAGUCACAGUAGGCAGACGUCGAGAAAAACGUUACGGCGUUUUGUUUACUUGCCUAACCGUUCGUGCAGUCCACAUAGAAGUCGUUCAUACACUUACUACUGACUCAUUGAUUAUGGCGCUUCGACGAAUGGCGUCUCGACGUGGGUGGCCGUCGCAUAUUUAUUCCGACAACGGCACGAACCUACGCGGAGCAGACGUCGAAUUGCGAAGAUCCAUACAGGAGCUCGACGAAGAACCAAUUAGAGCCGAAGCUCUUAACAAUCAAGUUCGCUGGACUUUUAUUCCGCCCGCCAGCCCCCAUUGGGGUGGGGCGUGGGAGCGCUUGAUUCGGACCGUAAAGCGAUCUCUUCGAGUCAUUUUAAAAGAACGAGCGCCCCGAGACGAAACUCUCAGCACUCUACUAGCGGAAGAAGAAGAUAUUGUCAACGGUCGACCACUAACACACGUGUCGGUAGAGCCGGGCUCCUCUGACGCGCUUACGCCCAACCACUUUCUUAUAGGCUCUUCAUCCAGGUUGCCAAUACAUGGCGUAUUUGACGAUUCGGACUUAGCCUUAAGGAAAGCAAUGGCGAAUAGCGCAGCGAUUGGCCGACAUGUACUGGAAACGGUGGAUGAAGGAGUUUCUCCCGCUUCUGUUACCGAGAAAGAAGUGGCAACAGGAGCAGAAGCCACUGUGUCGGUGACCUAG